AUGGUUUUAAGAGAAAUAGCAAAAGCCUUCAAAGAUGCUAUCGCUGGAGUUGCUCUUGUUACAAAAACUCCUGAAAGAGAAACUAACUUACCUGGUUAUAUUUCUCGUUAUUGUAUGUCUGAAAGGACCCCAAAUCCAACCCAAAACAGCCAGAAUAGAAUUGAACUGAAUGAAGAUUAUGAACUUGAAGUUAAGGAAGAGGAAGCUUUUGUAACACUGUGGCCUACUACAAACUAUACCCUACUUGAAGACUGGCCAGAAGCCCCAGUUGAAUCAUCUGUAAAUGUGGACCUAUUAGUAGCACAACUUGCAAUUGUGAACCCACCACUACCAGUACCAAAAGCCCCUCCUACAAGACCUCGAAGAAAAAGAGGCACAUCUACAGAGGCUCGCAAAAGGCCUAUAAAGACUGUUGCCCCUCUAGAGCUACCAUUAUCUUCUUUUAAGCCUAUGAAUGCUAUAAUUGAAUCAAAGGAUGAAAUCUUUUUAUUAGAAAUAAACUGGUUUAAACAAACAUAUGCCUGUUUGCAUGUUGAUAAAACUACUAAAAAUGAAAAAAAUGGAAUAUUCAAUGAGUUCAAGUAUGAAGACAAAAUGUUGAAUAAAGCUGAAGGAUAUUACACCAGUGAAGUAUCAGAUAAUGAACUUUUUGAUAACCCAUGA